AUGUUGAGCCUUCCCAAUCGGAAGACCUUGACGGUUUACAUCUUUUCGACGUCAACAUCGCCAGAGACCGACGGCACAUCUCGCAUCGGAUCAAAUACCUCAGUUGCCAUCCGUCCUCUUCUUCUUCUGGCAACUGGUGCCCCGGGCCAUAUUGAGCCACCGAAUGGCGGGGACUGUGUUAAUGAACAUGUGCAAGGCAUGAUGAGUGUACUGCAGACGCAGAUGAACUCUCCAUCCGACUUUUACGGAGAAAAAGUAGUCAUUCGUAUUGCAGAGCAACCUUGGUUCAACAAGGAUAGCUCUGAGGAUCACAACAUCGAGGACCAUAUGUCCAUGCAACGCGUUCUUCGGGAGUUCCUAGAGCGACUCGAGGUAUGGGAACCUACGAUGCGGCCGAUCGAGGUCAGCGUGGUGCAGACACUUGCUACUGGCACUCCCCAACAUCUCAGCCAGGAUUACAAAGGCAGCAAGGCUGCUGACCAGGAGAACGAAGGACAAAGGAGGGUCCUUGUGUUGUCGUGUCGUGCUCCUGGCCGUUCCACUCAUGCCAGCGAGCUCUCUCGCCCAGUCUCGCGUACCAUCCUCCAGGCGAUAGGAGAUCCUACAAAAGUCAUCUUUGUACGCCCUGGGUCCUUUAGUGCCCUGAAGACUGAGCUUGAAUCCCACCCCAAAGGCUACUUCACUGCCAUUCAUUUGGACAUGCUGCUUGUCUACAACCGCCCUCGAAAAUCCGAUCCCGAAGUUCCCAGAAUCUACUUCCAAUUCGUCAACCAAAAUAAGUCUGAAGUGAUAGAGGAGGACCUUGAAGCAGUCGAUAAAGUUGCUGUACUGCUUCUGCUUCAUGGUGUUCAAGACGUUGUCAUUGUUCCCUGUCCGCAUGCUAGGUCCGCCGUCGAGACGGCAGCUACAGUACUUUUGAGCGGUGGCAUACAGACCGUGGUUACUUCGGCCUACCAUAUCACUGAAAAUGGUAUCGAGGCAUUUAUAAGAUCGCUCUACACUGGGUACAUUCAUCAGAAACUUCCCUUAGAAGAAGCCGCUCCAACAGCUCGACAGUGCUUGAGGGGAAGUGAGGUUGAUGAGAGGAUGCCCAUUUGUGAUUUCGUGGCGCUGACUUACGUCAAACCAGAGUGGCUUCCAUCAAUUAGUUUGGACAUUGACUACAAGUCUCUCAAGCAAGAGCAGAGCUAUCCUAACGCUUUGCAGGGGCGAGAACAUGACAUUGUCCACAUAGAAUCAAUACUUUUGCUAGGAAAGCCACUGCCUCUUUCGAUCUAUGGAAUGUCUGGCAUUGGAAAGACGGCUCUUCUGAAUCAUUUAUAUGCAAUCCAUAUACACCUCAGCUUGAGCGAGCCUUUCAGCAAGGAUAACAUGAUACAACAGCUGCAACGGCACUUUGUUCCGAACUCUACUCUAGACUCAGAAGAUACGAGCUCUUUAUAUGAGCAUUUUGAGAGUCACAAAUGUCUCAUCAUGAUCGACGACCUCGACUCAGCGAACUUCAACCGACAACAAGGCUAA